AUGACUCAUCAUCGAUUCCCCGACUUGCACCAGGAACUCGCGACAAUGCUUAUCCCCAAGGACGACCGCAAGAAGAUCCACGAGUACCUCUUCCGUGAGGGAGUGCUCGUGGCCAAGAAGGACUUCAACCUUCCCAAGCACGCCGACAUUGACACCAAGAACCUCUAUGUCAUCAAGGCCCUCCAGUCCCUGGACUCCCGCGGCUUUGUCAAGACUCAGUUCUCGUGGCAGUACUACUACUACACCCUCACCCCCGAGGGUCUGGACUACCUCCCAGCAGCGUUCCCACGCUCCCCCCGCGGCAUGAUGGGCGGUGAGGAGCAGCGCGGUGAGCGUCGCGGUCCCCGUGAGGGUGGCCGUGGUGGCCGCGAGGGUGGUUACCGCCGUCGCGAGGAGGGUGGAAAGGAGGGCGGUGCCCCCGGCGAGUUCGCUCCCUCUUUCCGUGGUGGCUUCGGCCGUGGCCGUGGUGCCGCUCCCCAGGAGUAA